GCACAUCCAGCCGCGCCAUUACCCCUGGUCGGUUCCAACACGAUUCCGAUAUAUCUUGAGACUCGGCCCUUGACGUCGUUAUAUCUUGCUGUUGCUGUCGUCCUGCUGCCGUGCUCUGAGCCAUGUCCUCGCCGUCGUCGUACGCUAGGCAGAGACACACAACGUACUUUCCAUCUGCAAGGCAUCCGUCAGUGUAUCGACAGACCGAUUAUCAGAAUGGAAAAGCCAUCCAGGUUGUUGAGUCUCGUCGGCGCGCACCCGUGACCUCUAUGUCAAUGUCCGCCCAAGAGGUCCACGCUCUUGCACCACUAUCACCGAAGAAUCAAACCUCAUCGUCUUCACGAAGUCAUAAAAUCUCUUCUCAACAAUCUCAACAUCAAUCCACAUCCACUCCUUCACUGCCUAACCAAUACGGUCACGUGACGCCAAGGUCUUCACCGAAGACCAAGGCCAGAAGUCAGGUCGUCAUCGUGCAGGGAUCUGUCUCAGUCGCGGUCGACUUUAGAAAGAGGGACGUCGCCAUUGGUCUAGCGACUCCACCGCCAACACCAAGGAUUGCACGGCUACCAACGCCAGAGCUGGAGGAUCUUGACGAAAGACCGUUGUGCAAUUGCUGCACGGGUGCGCAGAUCGUGAAGUACUGCGCACGCUGCGGCUGCGAGUUGGAUAGUUGGAGGGGCUGAUGCUAGUUCUUCUGCGUUUCUUUGGCCUUCAUGCCAGAGAACCCUCUUGGCUUGGUGUUUUUUUUGCUGGCGUUUGGGAUCUGAGAAUACGCCAAUAUGGUGUACGAUAGCGUUGUGCUUGAUAUGGAUUGUUAGAGCAAUAUUCUGGACAUGAGGUUAGCCUGAGGUCUUCUG